GUGGUGGCUGUGGUGGAGGUGGCUGAGGUUGAGGUGGAGGCGGCUGAGGUUGAGGCGGCUGAGGUGGCUGAGGUUGUGGUUGCGGCUGAGGUGGCUGAGGCUGUGGCUGCGGCUGAGGUUGUGGCUGUGGCUGGGGUUGCGGUUGCGGUGUCGGAGUUUCUGAACAAAUGGGAGAGAACGGAAUUAUUCAGCUUUUUCCCUUUGCUUGUGCAUUGA